AUGCCUGUUCGGCGGGGACACGUGGCUCCUCAGAACACUUUUCUGGAUACAAUCAUCCGAAAAUUCGAAGGACAGAAUCGCAAGUUCAUCAUCGCCAAUGCUCGCGUGGAGAACUGCGCCAUCAUCUUCUGUAACGACGCCUUCUGUGGCAUGUGCGGGUACACACGCGCUGAGGUCAUGCAGAAGCCGUGCACCUGCAGCUUCUUGUACGGGCCGCACACCAAGAGGCCUGCCGUGGCCCAAAUGGCCAAGGCUCUGCUGGGCUCCGAGGAGAGGAAGGUGGAGAUGUCCCUCUACGCCAAAGAUGGUAUGUGUUUCUCCUGUAAAAUUGAUGUGGUGCCAGUGAAGAAUGAGGAUGGCUUGGUGAUCAUGUUCAUCCUCAACUUUGAGCUGCCCACUGAUCCACCUAUUCCCAGCUCCCCGACCAGAGACCUCAACAAGCUGCCUAUCCCCUGGCUUCCCCUAGCACGUCGGCAUAGGUUCCGCCUGCCCUCCGCCCUGCUUCGCUCCCUCAGCAGCAGUAAACAUUCCCUGGAGGAUGACACCGAGCUGGGCCACCAGCGGGACCUCUCUGCCCUGGGGCAUGAGUCUGUAGCCCUGGACAAGCUGCUGUCCCUGCCAGAGCGCCGGCGGCUGGGGGGCACCGGGGUACUACUCUGGGACGAGGACCAGAGGGCCUUGCUGGGAGGUGACCCAGUUUCUCCCACUGGGGACCCCUCGGAUGCCCCUCAAGCCCUGUCCCUGGCCAUGGGCUUCUCCCAGUCUUCCCCCAGGCUGCACUGCCUCUGGGUGGACGAGGAUUGUGGCUCCAACUGCAGCGUGAUGCCCAGCCGCUCCUAUGAGAGCCUCUGCAGCCCGCUGCACGCCUCAUCUGUGGACGGCAUCAAGACUCGCAGGGGACAGUCCAGCUGGCACGGGAAGCUCCAGACGCGGCCCAGCAGCACAGGCGGAAUGAAGUCCAGUCUGCGUAAUGUUACAUCUGACUCCACGUCUGACCCCAACCUCACCCGCUUCCGGACCUUAAGUCACGUGACCCAGCUCAACCCACUGGACAACAGGCCAGAACCCCUGGUGGCCCUCCCGUCUGCGGAGAUUGACAUCAUCGCCCCCUGUAAACUAAUGGACCGCACACACGGGGUCACUGAGAAAGUCACUCAGGUCCUCUCACUAGGCCCAGAUGUCCUACCAGAGUACAAGCUCCAGACCCCCCGCAUCCAUAAAUGGACCAUCCUGCACUACAGCCCCUUCAAGGCAGUGUGGGACUGGGUCAUCCUGCUCCUGGUCAUCUACACAGCCAUCUUCACACCCUACUCCGCGACCUUUCUCCUCAGUGACCAGGAGGAGGCAGCCAUGCAGACCUGUGGUUACUGCUCUCCACUGAACGUGGUGGACCUCAUCGUGGACAUCAUGUUCAUCGUUGACAUCGUCAUCAACUUCAGGACGACAUACGUCAACACCAACGACGAGGUGGUCAGCCAGUCGCAGCGGAUUGCCGUGCACUACUUCAAAGGCUGGUUCCUCAUAGACAUGGUGGCGGCUAUCCCCUUUGACCUGCUCAUAUACCGCUCUGGAGAAGAGACAACAACCCUGAUUGGCCUGUUGAAGACUGCUCGGCUUCUGCGAUUGGUGCGUGUAGCUCGGAAGCUGGACAGAUACUCUGAGUACGGAGCGGCCGUCCUCUUCCUCCUCAUGUGCACCUUUGCCCUCAUCGCUCAUUGGCUGGCCUGCAUCUGGUACGCAAUUGGUAACGUGGAGCGUGCAGGAGCAGCCCGGAUUGGCUGGUUGGACUCUCUGGGGGACCAGCUCGGAAAGCCCUACAAUCAGACUAUACCAGGGUCAGGUCCCUCCAUCAGGGACAAAUAUGUCACAGCACUCUACUUUACCUUCAGUAGUCUGACCAGCGUGGGCUUCGGGAACGUCUCACCUAAUACCAACUCUGAGAAGAUCUUCUCUAUCUGUGUAAUGCUCAUUGGCUCUCUCAUGUAUGCCAGCAUCUUUGGUAACGUGUCAGCCAUCAUCCAGCGGCUGUACUCCGGCACGGCUCGCUACCACACCCAGAUGCUGCGGGUCCGAGAGUUCAUCCGCUUCCACCAGAUCCCCAACCCACUGAGGCAGCGGCUGGAGGAGUACUUCCAACAUGCCUGGUCCUACACUAACGGCAUUGAUAUGAAUGCUGUGCUGAAGGGCUUCCCAGAGUGCUUACAGGCUGAUAUCUGCCUGCACCUCAACCGCACCCUGCUGCAGAACUGUAAGGCCUUCAAAGGCUCCACUAAGGGCUGCCUGCGGGCCCUGGCCAUGAGGUUUAAGACCACCCAUGCCCCGCCAGGCGACACCCUGGUCCAUGUCGGUGACGUCAUCUCAGCCCUCUACUUCAUUUCCCGUGGCUCCAUAGAGAUCCUGAGAGGGGAUGUGGUGGUGGCCAUCCUGGGUAAGAAUGACAUCUUCGGAGAGCCCAUUAACCUGUAUGCCUGUCCAGGGAAGUCCAAUGCAGACGUGAGGGCUCUGACCUACUGUGACCUCCAUAAGAUCCACAGGGAGGACAUGCUGGAGGUGCUAGAUAUGUAUCCCGAGUUCUCUGACUACUUCUGGGGUAACCUGGAGAUCACGUUCAACCUCCGGGAUGCUGCCACGGUAGCUGGUUCAAUGAGCAGUGAGGACUCUGAUCAUUGUGGAGUCAGCUGUCGUAUUCACAGACAAAAACGGUCCCUCAGUUGCAGCUCGGACAGAGAGGCAGAGGAAACCAAUCCAUCCCAGAGACAUGUCCGCAGGGCCAGAGGCCAGAGCUCCAGAGCACAGGGAGAUGGGCAGAACACAGAGUCUCAGGGCCUGAUGAGCUCAGCCUAUUCUCCUUUUUACUCCAGUGAAGAUGAGGAGUCAGUGUUAACCAGCUCUGUACAACCAACUUCACUAGUAGGGAUCCCCCAUAGUCAGACCACCAUCCUCAACAUCAGUAGUGCGGUGGAGGAUGAGAUGAACCAGAAGACUGGAAAUACCUGCAAUCCUCUCUCAGGGGCUUUCUCAGGCGUCUCCAACAUCUUCAGUUUCUGGGGGGAGAGCCGAGAACAGCAGCAGUAUCAGGAGGUGACCUGCCACUGCCUGCCCUCCACUCCCCCUCCUCCCCCUCUCCACGCUGUCCUGAGCAACAUCAGCCGACGGCAGCGCAGCGAGCUGGAGAACAGGCUGGAACUGCUGCAGAGACAGCUCAACAGGAUGGAGUCACGGAUGUCCACAGACAUCGGGGCCAUAAUGCAGCUGCUCCAGAGACAGAUGGUGCUGGUGCCCCCGGCCUACAGCACAGUGUCCUCUCCCCCUGAACCGUCCCCCUCCCUCACCCUGAGGCCUGCAGAGAGGCUGGCGCAGCCGGUCUCACCGCUGGACUCAGAGACCCUGGCCUCCCUCUCACAGGUACUGUAUUUCUUGAUCAAAACAGAUUUUGACUACAGCCUUUCCAAGUCCUGUGAGUCUCUCCACAGUGCAGUGGAGCUGUGUCUUCUGGAGCCAACCCGAGUCCUGGAGCCAACCCCAGUCUUAGACCCUCUCCCCAAGAUUCCGCCUCUUGGCAACAGCAUCCACCCAGAGCAUCGCGCCCUGGGCUUGUCCAUCCAUACAGAUACUGAGCCCUUAAGCCUAGUCAACCAUGGGAACUUCUCAGCGCCAGGGACAGGAUUGGCCCAGUCAGACCCCUCAGAGGGCCGACGGAGGCUCUCGUUGCCAGGGAAAUGCACAGCUCUGGACCUGGAGAGCCCCUGGACUACUGCACACAGAUACAGCUCUGACCCUGGGAGUUAG